AUGUCUUCUGUUGAUAGAUCAUAUCAGUUCACUCAUUCAAAUACCCAAAGAAGAGCUUCUGUUGUUUAUGGAUCGGUAGGUAAAGGUGGUUUAUUUUUACCAAGUGAUUUCAUUGGUUCACCAUCAAGACAACAACAAGAUGAAUCAACAAUAGAGGAUGAACAAGUUCCACUAAUCUUACAACCACCACCACAGAAACUCAGAAGAAAAUCAAGUAUAAAUCAAGAGUUAUUACAUGAAGAACGUGAUUUCCUUGAAGAUAAUAAUAUUCACGUCAAAGAUAAUGAAGAAGAUGUUAGAAAUACAUUUGAAAAUGCAAUUAAAAAUAAAGAAAUUAAAACGACAACAGCCAAAAUUGAAUUAAAAUCAUUAGUUAAAUCUUCAAUACCUUUAGUUAUGACUUUUUUAUUACAAAAUUCUUUAUCAACAGUUUCUGUAUUCACAGUUGGUCAUUUAGGUGCUACUGAAUUGGCAGCAGUUUCAAUGGGGGCAAUGACUGCCAAUAUUACAGGUUAUGCUACAAUACAAGGUAUUGCGACUGCAUUAGAUACUUUAUGUCCACAAGCCUUUGGUGCUAAAAAGCAUAAAUUAGUUGGUGCUUAUUUACAAAAAUGUACAACAUUAAUUUUUUGUAUAAUGUUACCUAUUUUAUUUAUAUGGAUAUUUUAUGGUUAUGAUUUAAUUACUUUAUUAUUACCAGAUAAAGAGACUGCUAAAUUAUCUGCUGUUUAUUUAAAAUAUUUAGCUUUUGGUAUACCUGGUUAUAUAUUAUUUGAAUGUGGUAAACGGUUUUUACAAGCUCAAGGGGUAUAUCAUAUUUCAACUUAUGUUUUAUUAUUUGCAGCUCCAAGUAAUUUAAUAAUGAAUGUUUUAUUAGUUAAACAUAUGGGUUAUUUAGGUGCUCCAAUUGCAGUAGCUAUAAAUUAUUGGUUAAUGAUUAUUGGAUUAAUAUUAUUUACCAUAUUUUUUAUAAAUGAAGAUAACACACCAACUGGUGUACAUCCAUUAGAAUGUUGGAAAAGUAUUAAUUUCAAAGAUUGUUUUGAAGGUUGGGGUAAAUUAUCAUCUUUGGCAAUUCCAGGUUUAAUUAUGUUGGAAGCUGAAUUUUUAGCAUUUGAAAUUUUGACAUUAAUGGCUUCAUAUUUAGGUACUAUUCCAUUAGCUGCUCAAUCUAUAGGUACAACAAUGGCUUCAUUAACUUAUCAAGUUCCAUUUGCAAUUGGUAUUGCAUCAUCAACAAGAAUUGCAAAUUUCUUAGGUGCUGGAUUAGGUGAAGCUGCAAAAAUUACAACAAAGGUAGCAUUAUUAUUUGGAUUAUUAGUUUCAGUUGUAAACUUUUUAGCAUUAUUUAUAUUUCAAAAACAAAUUGCUUAUUUAUUCACUGAUAAUGAAAAAGUUAUCAAAACAGUUUUAAAGAUCAUGUGGUUAAUUGCAUUGAUGCAAAUUAGUGAUGCAAUGAAUGCAAAUUCGGCUGGUUGUUUAAGAGGUCAAGGAAAUACAAGAAUUGGAGGAAUAGUCAAUGUUGCCUCAUAUUAUUUUAUUGGAUUACCAUUAUCUUUAUAUUUAAGUUUUUAUUCACCUUGGAAAGGUUCAUUACAUGGUUUAUGGAUAGGUAGUACUGUUGCAUUAACUAUAGUUGGUGGAGUUCAAAGUUAUUAUUCAUUAACUGCUGAUUUUAAUAAACUUCGUGAAGAAGCAAGAAAAAGAACAAGUAUACCGAUACAUGUAUAA